AACAAUGCGAAACCAAUCAGAAAGCAUCAGUUACCAGCUUAUCAGUCAAGCAAACAGCAACCAAACCAAACUCAAUCAAAAUGUUCGCUAAAGUGUUCUUCGUUGCCGCUCUGGCCAUCGCUAGCGUCGCCGCCAAGCCAGGAUACCUGGGAGCCCCACUGGCCUACUCCGCCCCGCUGGUGGCCGCUGGCCCAGCCGUUGCCUACACUGCCGGAUACGCUAACGUAGGAGAUUCCGCCGUUGUCACCUCGCACAACUCGCAGGUUAUCAACCCAGCCUAUGCUGCCUACACUGCUGCCGCUCCACUGGCCUACACUGCUGCUGCUACUCAAGCCUUCGCCGCUGCUCCCUAUGCUGCCCAGUAUGCUGCUCCCUAUGCUGCCCAAUAUGCUGCUCCCUAUGCUGCCCAGUAUGCUGCUCCAUAUGCUGCCCAAUAUGCUGCCCCAUAUGCUGCCCAAUAUGCUGCUCCUCUGGCCUAUGCCGCUCCACUGGCGGCCAAGUAUGUGCUGUAAGCGACCGGGAAUCGUGACAGGAUGAGUUGAUCUCAGUUUUGUGUACAUACGAUGUGGUUUUUAAGUAUUUUAUGAGUUCUUUGUUUUCUUUUUUCUUUUGGUGUAACGAAGCAAAAUUACGAAGUUUGUUAAAGAUUGAAGCAAUACAUAAUUUAUGAAGUACAA